CCCACCGUAGGCAGUUCCCGUGCUUCCCCCUCGGGGAGAUGACAGUACCUUACCACGAGUUUGGAAGCUUCUGCAGUGGGCCCUGGCGGUACAGUACCGGUCCUGGUCACCAGAUUACCGCAAUACCGGGCAGCCCGUCACCUCGCCUCAUCCUCGUUCCUCUCUCCUCCCCCCCUCAAGGCUAAUCGUUGCAUUUCAACAUUCAACCACUCCCACCCCCACCACCACCUCCUCCACCUCGUCCUCCUCCUCCCUCCUCCCGUCUCCUCUCUCCUCCAAUCACUCCCUCCUCUCGACGGCUUCCACUGGAGGAAUUACCAGGGCAUGAACUUGCAAGGAGCCCGGACUUUGCUGCGCUCACGGCUCCUGGCGCUCUUCGGUUACGACCUCUGAACCCGCCAACUUCCCCCCAGCUGUCCACCCGAGGGAAAGUGAUGCCAUAUCGAGGACGACUUAUUGCACAGAAAUUGUUUUAUUGCUUCUUUCCCUCGGAUCCUUUGCUCCCCGCGGGGUUGCAACUUUCGCCCUUCCCGUCUCUUUCCAUUGCCCACGACCGGAUCUCGAACCGAACACUUGCGACGCCCUGAACGCUCUCUACGAUCGAUUCGGAUACCCCCUCCUUUUUUUGCUUUCGUCCUUUUCUUGAUCUUCGACAGAGAAGCCGUUCGAUCUACCCUGACGACCAUUAUCUCUCUCGCCGAUCGCGAGUUUUGUGAACAUGGCAGACUUGGGGGGCCAGCGUAACCGGAAUUACCGGCCUUAUGGCAACGGCCCUGCCUCGUCCGUGCAACGAGAUGCUGCGUACAACGAUAUUUUUGGAAGCGCGCCUCCCCCGGGCCGCGCUCAGACAAUGAACUCGCAGACUCCGCAAUUCUCACAGGGUCGCGCUCAUACCAUGUCGUCGCAUGUGGCACACCCUCAAUUCCAAAGGCCACCUCCUCACCCCACACGACAGCCAGUUGCAAAUGGUUAUGGACCCCCGCCGUCCGCGCCGCCCAAUGGAUACCCUCCGGCACCGCCGUCUGGACAGUACCAAGCCUAUAACCCUGGGGCAGCAACCAUGUCCUCGCAGCCGCCACCCGCACGACAGUACCCAGGGCCAGCGGGACGAUUUCCCGUCUACCCCCGACCCCAACGCCUGGAUUCUAAACCCGGUCCGCCGUCCCAGUACCCAGAUCCCCGCGAUCUUGGACGGCCAAUGCCUCCUCCUGCCCUCAAUUCCGAUGCGACGCGAUCACGGUCUAUGGCCAAACUGAGUGGACCAUCCUACCAGGCUGCCCCUAUCCCGCCGACUCCGUUCAACCAUACCUCGUCUGCCGCCGCUCGUCAACAGCCGUACUACGCCGGUGCUUCAACGAUGACCCAACUUGGGCGGACAGUUCCCGAGAGACACCAAAAUGAGCGAGCCAUGUCCAUGACCUCAUAUGUGUCGGAUGCCAGUCAUGCCCACAUUAUGAACAGCGGACGGUCCAUCCCAGCUCGGCGGCCCCCAUCAGGCCAUGAACAAUCGACACCACCUCCAAGAUUCGACUCUAUGCCAGCCAAUGUAGCCGACGCAUACGCUAGCAGACCUCGUCCUCCCAGCGACGCUUCGACCCGAUCUCGCACAAUGUCCAUCGCAUCGACUAUUAACCCGGAUCGAACGAUGAGCGUGCAGAGUCAGGCCACACAGAGCUCGACCGGCCAAACCACUCUCGUUUCUAGGGACUCCCAACGUCGAGUUCCUGUGGUAUACCCAGCUCUACUAUCGCGGGUUGCCGAUGUGUUUCGGGAGAAGAUCUCGCUUGGUGAGCGACAGAAAAACGGCUUGUCAUACCAGAACGCUUUCUCAGGCACUGAUGCUGUGGACUUGAUCGCGAACAUCAUAAGGACGAAUGAUCGCAACUUGGCUCUCCUUCUGGGCCGUGCAUUGGAUGCCCAGAAAUUCUUCCAUGAUGUCACCUAUGACCAUCGCCUUCGAGAUGCUCCCGGGGAGGUUUAUCAGUUCAAGGAGACUCUGACCGAAGAUAGGACCGUCGGUACAGAAGUCAACGGUGUGUUCACCCUCCUGACUGAAUGUUAUUCGCCCACCUGCACCCGAGACAGCCUCUGCUACUCCAUUGCCUGUCCCCGGCGCUUAGAGCAACAGGCCCGGUUGAACCUGAAGCCCCAGCCAAUUCUGAGAACUUCGGGAUCCAAGGGUAGCCUACACAUUGAUGAUGACGAUGACAAUGAUAACCAGAAGCUGUGGAUCAAUAUGGUUCCGAAGGAAGUCUCCGAGACUGUCGAUGACCACGAGAAGAAGCGGCAGGAAAUCAUCUUCGAGAUCAUGUACACGGAACGGGAUUUCGUCAAGGAUCUGGAAUACCUGCGAGAUUUCUGGAUGCGACCAUUGCGCGCGGCUGGCACGAACACUCAUUCUCCGAUUCCCGAACAUAGGCGGGAGAAGUUCAUUCGGACCGUCUUUGGAAACUGCUUAGAGGUUUUGAAGGUCAACAGCGCCCUUUGCGAAGCUCUGAAUGCUCGUCAAAAGGAAAGCCACGUUGUCAAGACGGUCGGUGAUAUUUUCCUUCAGCACGUGCCCCGCUUCGAUCCUUUCAUCAAGUACGGUGCCAACCAGCUCUACGGUAAAUUCGAAUUUGAGAAGGAGAAGGGGUCGAAUCCGGGCUUUGCAAAAUUUGUGGAGGACACCGAGCGUCUCAAGGAGUCCCGAAAGCUUGAACUGAAUGGUUACCUUACCAAGCCUACCACUCGUCUUGCUCGAUACCCGUUGCUUCUAGAGUCUGUUCUCAAAAAUACGGCAGAUGAUAAUCCUGACAAGGAGGAUAUCCCCAAAGCUGUGAAACUUAUCAAGAGUUUCCUCUCGCGCGUCAAUACUGAGAGUGGCAAGGCAGAGAACCACUUCAACUUGGUGCAGCUGAACAAUUCAUUGAAGUUCAACCCCGGUGACUACGUGGACUUGAAGCUCACCGAGGAGAACCGCCAAAUGCUCACUAAAAUGGCGUUCAAGAAGACCACCGGAGAAAGCUCGGAAGUAACUGCUUAUCUUUUCGAUCAUGCAGUGCUUCUCGUUCGUAUCAAGGUUGUGAACAAGCGAGAAGAAUACCGUGUAUACAAGAAGCCUAUCCCUCUUGAGCUAUUGGUCAUUGCCCAAAUGGACGAGGUUAUUCCCCGCUUGGGAAUUUCCAAACGGCCGUCGUCGAGCCUUUUGUCCAACAAAGUCAUCCCCAACCCUCCCCCUACUAAAGACGGACAGCUACCCAUUACAUUCCGCCAUCUUGGCAAAGGCGGCUACGAGCAGACUCUUUAUGCAACAUCUCCAACUCAGCGCCGGAAGUUCAUCGAAAUGGUCGAGGAGCAACAACGAAAGUUGUGGGAACGAAACAGCAACUUUUAUAAUAAGACGGUCUUGUCUGAGAACUUUUUCUCGGCCAUUAACCGAGUCAAUUGCUGUGUUCCAGUUGAUGGAGGACGCAAAUUGGUCUACGGAACUGACAGCGGCAUCUACUUGUCAGAACGCUGGCCCAAGGACAAGAACGCAAAACCUAGGAAGGUUCUGGAGGCCAGCCAGGUCACUCAAAUUGAUACUCUGGAAGAAUAUCAAUUGCUCUUGGUCUUGGCAAACAAGACCCUCCAGUCUUAUCCCUUGGAUGCCCUCGAGAUAGGAGAGGGUCAAAACACCAUGGCAAAGCGCCCGAAGAAGAUUCAAGGCCAUGCGAACUUCUUCAAGGCAGGAAUUGGUCUUGGUCGUCACCUUGUAUGCUCGGUCAAAACCUCCGCGUUGUCGAGUACUAUUAAGGUCUACGAACCGAUGGACAACCUGGCCAAGGGCAAGAAGAAGUCUGCUGUCAGUAAGAUGUUCCAGAGCGGGCAGGAUACGCUCAAGCCAUUCAAGGAAUACUACAUUCCUGCAGAAUCUUCUUCGAUCCACUUCCUGCGGUCUACUCUGUGUGUUGGCUGCGCUCGCGGCUUUGAGGUCGUCAGUCUUGAAACAACUGAGACACAAUCACUCUUGGACCAGGCUGAUACAUCUCUGGAUUUCGUCGCCCGCAAGGAAAAUGUCAAGCCGAUCCACAUCGAGCGCAUGAACGGCGAGUUCCUGUUGAACUAUAGUGACUUCUCGUUCUUCGUCAACCGCAACGGCUGGCGGGCUCGUCCAGACUGGAGGAUCUCUUGGGAGGGUAAUCCGGCCGCCUUUGCAUUGUCCUACCCUUACAUCCUGGCAUUCGAACCCAACUUCGUCGAGAUUCGCCAUGUUGAGACAAGCGAGCUUAUUCAUAUCAUGACCGGCAAGAACAUCCGUAUGCUGCAUUCUUCCACCCGCGAGAUCAUCUACGCCUAUGAGGAUGAGAAUGGCGAGGAUGUGGUUGCCAGCUUGGAUUUCUGGAACAAGCCACAGCAGGUUUAGUCAUUGUUGGCUAUAAAAACCACAUUUGCAUGAGCGCUUCGGCAUAACGCCUUCCUAGAUUCCCCGGCUUUCUAGUCCAUUGCUCCGGCAUUACUUUUGCGCUAUUCUUUCGCGGCUAGUCCACCGAGAUAUGAGGGCCUCUUCUGUUCUUGCUCAGCCUUCAGGCAUUCUCGAGGCUGAUUCGUGCCCAGCAUCUUCUUUCCUAUACCAGUAUGACGUCUUAGACGUCCUCGGCUCUCACCCCUUCCUUCUGCCAUCUUUACCAUCUCCUCUUCUCCCUCCCUCCUCUCACUCAGAAGACUCAACCCCAAGGCUCUUUCUCAUCCCCCGCUUCUCGUUUCUCUGUCCGACUGUGUGUACAAUGGAGCGCAAAAUACCACUUCUUGCGUAUCUGCCUGACUGUUCUUUUGCUCGUCGCCCCGUUCGUCGUUGCAUCUUUUCAAGUUGCCUUACUUUCUUCUUAAAAAUUUUAUUGGACUUUUAUUAUUUUCUUCCCCUCUCUCUUCUUUACCUUUACCCCUUAUUGUUGUGUGCCUCCGCAUGGCCUGCGAAGUGAUGACCAUGUCUUUGGACGUUUUAGCUUUUUUCCCCAUUUCUCUGGUAUUAUUUACGUGUACUGUUUUCAAGGUAUUUUCAUACUUAAGAAAUGGAUGCCGUUGAUAUGAUAUACU